CACCUUCUUCCUGAGCGCUCAGGAGUGCAUCACCGCAGCCUGCCUUCAAAAUUUGUUUCCCAAUGUCUCCAAGUAUAGCCCAGAUGGACACUUUGGCUCCAAGUUUGUCACCGUUGUAGUCACUGGCGGUUCCGAAAACCAGAUCAGUUUCGAGGCCUACCAGGUUUCCAAUGUAGCAAUGUCUCUUCAACGCGCCAACAUUUUGCUGCCCACAUAUGAUGCGCCGGAACUGGGGUACAUUCGGGACACUACUAAAGAGCAGUUCGUACCCGACGUCUUUUACUCAUCAAAGGACAAGUACGGCAACACGGUGACAAACAUCGGACGUCCUCUCCCAGUGGAGUAUUUACUCAUCGAUAUGCCAGUGGCUUUCCCCAUCGACCCCACUUUCACCUUCGCGCUGCAGUCCCUACCCUCAAACAAACUCUUCCCCAUAGAAAAUCGUCAGGAAAUGGGCCAGACUCAGAACUUUGAGGCAUUCGCCAACUAUCUCUCGGCAGUUGGUCCCACAAAUCUGCGUACCUGUCUUUCAAACUUCCACGUCCUAGCCUGGCUGGCAGGACAGGUGGACCUGCCGUUGAAUGCUAACGCUGGCUCCUUUGAUGAACUCCUAAAGGCAGUGAAGGCUGACGCCUGUUUCGGCGGCAAGUCCGAGGCGCAGAGCUUAGUCGCGCGAUGGGCUGCCUCCUCGUCCCAGUGGGCCACCAUGCGGACCAUGGCGGACUCUUUGCUUGGAAGUAAGUUUCUAUUUAUAUUCUCGGUCGGACUGUCUUGUGGGGCCGCUAAAAAAAAAAUUCCGCCUGCCUAA